UAGUUAAUUAUUUCUUUGGUAAACUAAACUUUUAUAGAAUAAACAUGCUAAAACCGGUCCUGAACCAACUGGCUACGAAAAGGAUAGUGCUGGCCAGUGGUUCUCCAAGGCGACAGGAGUUGAUUCAGAAUAUAGGUCUUUCGAACGUUCAACUCUGUCCGUCCACAUUUGAGGAAAACCUCAAUAAAUCGGAUUACUCUUUUAGUGAAUAUGUUGCCGAGACGGCAUACCACAAGGUUCUGGAAGUAUACAAACGGCUUUCGGCGGCCGCAGACACAAACCAAAGGCCGGACAUUGUCAUCGGAGCAGAUACGAUGGUCACCAUGGACGGGAAAAUGUAUGGUAAACCAAAGACGCCGGAGGUCGCAUUUCAGAUGCUCAGUGAGUUGAUGGGCCGGCAGCAUAUCGUCUACACUGGGGUUGUGAUUAAAUAUCAUGACAAGGAGGUGAAGUUUACGGAAGCUUGUAAAGUAAACUUUGGCAAAGCCAAUGCCGAACAAAUCCGGGCUUACGUUGAUACCGGAGAACCGUUAGAUAAAGCUGGCGGCUACGGAAUCCAAGGCAUCGGCGGAACGUUCGUGGAGAAGAUUGAUGGGGACUAUUUUACGGUGGUAGGUUUACCUUUGUACCGGAUAUCGGCUGAGUUGUGUAAGUUAUUUGGCUAUGAGAUGAUUGAGUGAGGUCUUGCAUUUAUCAUUCGCAAAUUGGCAAGGUGAAUAAAAG